AUGAAGAUGAUGCAGCGAGAUGCCUAUAUAGUCUUCCCAAGACGAAGAAGGAGCGCCCCCGAUCAGCAGCGACCUUCCGCCAUGUCCAUCACCAGAGCCUCCCUCGAAGCUCUCUUCUGCAUGCGCCAGGUCCACGCUGCGGAGCACCUGGAGAUCUCGCUGACGGCGCUGAAGAACGCGUGCAAGUCACUAGGGAUCGAUCGCUGGCCUUACUGCCGAGGAGACGAAGAUGCGAUGGGUUCCUCGCCGAGUGGGAGCUUGGUUGGAUAUAGGAGCCUGCCUGGGGGUCCUGAAGACAGCAGCGCCGCGACACUGCGCAUUGCAGAAAUCGAAGAGGAGAAUCCUGGAGCCGAAGAGGGCACUCCAAAAGCGAUGGUGGUUGGGGGUAGCAUGGAGUCAAACUGGAACAGCAUGACCAUUCAGCAGGAUGAGUGCGGAACAAACCCGUUUGUGCAUGGAGGAUCGGACGACUUGUGGGAGGUGCCGACAGAAUUCUAG